UCCCACCCAUGACGAAAAAAGAAGAGGACCUGAAGUGCAGACGACGACUCCCACUUCAACCACUGUUCCUCUUCUCUUCGCUACCCUCGCAAGGCAUAACCAUUUCACCUUCUCUCUCUCUCUCUUCUCUGCUUAAGAAUAAGAAUCGCCCCCUUUCCCUUUCAGAGGAGGGCCAGCGAUUUGAGCUCGCAAAGUUCAAUCACUUUCUGCAAGAGAAAAUAAAACGAAAAAAUUUCAUACAAAACCCACGAAUUUAAAUACCUUUUACUGUUCGUUCUCAAAAAAAAAAUUCCAUUCUCUUUCUCCCAUGAUCGACAACCCAAUCUCAGAAUCUUUGAAAUGGGUUUUCCUUGCCAUCUGUUUCCCUACAAUUCCCACUUCCCUCUUACCCUUCUGUCGCUUUCUUUCUCUCCCAAGAACGACUUCUUCACUCUGUGAGAGAGUACUUCUUGAUCUUUCCAAGCUGGUCCAAUCAAUUCUUGAAUCCGAAACACGAGGGUAUCCCACCUUUCCCUUUCACCGACAAAACCCAUAUCUUACAAUAGUUUCUUGUUCUAGCCAUGUCUCUUAUUAGUAUUUCUUUCCCCAAUCGAACCCAAUUGCUAUCUUUUUCUGUGACUCCCUAAAACUGAAACUGUUUCUCUUGUUUUCUAGCAUUCCUUUAUCUUUUCUUUACAUUGCCUUGUAGAUUCUUGUCAAGAAUCAUGUACUUAUCUGAGAAGCCUCGUCCAAUUGAUUUUUAUAAGGAGGAGGGAAGAGAGAUGAUGAUUGAAGUUGUCGCCAAUGUUGGGUUGCAGUCCCAGCAACAACAGCAGCAGCAGCAGCAGCAGCAGCAACAGCAGCAAAUGAUUCUGGGCGAGAGUAGCGGGGAAGAACACGAGGUGAAGGCGCCUAAGAAGCGGGCUGAGACUUGGGUCCAGGACGAGACACGAAAUCUUAUCAGUUUCCGGCGAGAAAUGGAUAGUCUCUUCAAUACUUCCAAGUCCAAUAAGCAUCUCUGGGAGCAGAUUUCGUCUAAGAUGAGGGAGAAGGGUUUCGAUCGAUCUCCGACCAUGUGCACCGAUAAGUGGAGGAACUUAUUGAAAGAGUUCAAGAAGGCGAAGUACCAAGAUAGAGGUAGUGGUUCAGCCAAGAUGUCGUACUACAAAGAACUUGAGGAACUGCUCAGGGAGAGAAGUAAGAACGCCUCUUACAAAAGUCCUACACCUUCUAAGGUCGAUUCCUGCAUCCAAUUCUCAGAUAGAGGUCUUGAGGAUGCCAGUAUUCCAUUUGUUUCUGUUGAAGGUAAUGGAAGGUCAACGCUCAAUCUUGAACGACGUUUGGAUCAUGAUGGACACCCUCUUGCCAUUACGGCAGCUGAUGCAGUUGCAGGCGGUGGAGUUCCCCCAUGGAAUUGGCGAGAUACCCCUGGAAACGCAGGUGGUGAGAGUAGCUCUUCCUAUGGUGGGAGGGUAAUCUCAGUCAAGUGGGGGGAAUACACUAGGAGGAUUGGCAUUGAUGGUACUGCAGAUGCAAUCAAAGAGGCAAUCAAGUCUGCUUUCGGGUUAAGAACCAGGCGGGCAUUCUGGUUGGAAGAUGAAGAUGAAGUUGUUCGGAGCCUUGACAGGGACAUGCCAUUGGGGAAUUACACUCUUCACCUUGAUGAGGGAUUGACAAUAAAAGUUUGUCUCUAUGAUGAAGCUGACCACAUACCUGUUCGUACUGAAGAGAAGACACUUUACACUGAAGAUGAUUUUCGUGAUUUCCUUAGCCGCCGUGGUUGGACAGGUCUAAGAGAGUUUAAUGGCUUCAGAACUGUUGACACUUUGGAUGAUCUCCGUCCUGGUGCAAUCUAUCAGGGUGUGAGAUUGCUUGGGGACUAAGGGAGUGUUGCACUGGUAUCCUGAUGAAUGAUGAGAUUUCCAGAAGCUUCUGUCCCUCAUACAAUUUUUUUACUCCCUUCUGAUCACACUUGCACCUUGUGUGGUAAUCUUGCUUACUGAGCUUGCUGGUGAGGUUUCCUCACUUUGAAGAGUGACAACGAAAUGUAACAGAAUUUCCAAUUGUAUAUAGCAAUUUGAUGGAACAUUACGUUAGGAAGGAAGAGAGAAAAAGGCAAAAUUUUCAGAGCAUUC